AUGAAAACCACGACAGCAUUUUUCUCCUUCCUAACCUCCUCACUAGUUUCUCUUGCCCUUGUCCUUGCCCUUGCCCUUGUCCUUGCCCUUGCACCAACAACAGCAACAACAAAGUUCCAAUUCCAAAACACCCUCUCUUCUUCCCCACUCGCCACUCUCUUUGUCACCCUCUUCGCUAUUUCCCUUAACUACUGGCUUGUCCCUGGAGGCUUUGCAUGGAGAAACUACCACCACCGUCAACACGACAACGAAAAACCAAACGCAAAGCUUACUGGGCCUAUGGGCUGGCCCAUUCUGGGCACUCUGCCUCUAAUGGGCUCUCUCGCGCACGCCAAACUCGCUGCUUUAGCUGCGUCGCUAAACGCCAAGAGGUUAAUGGCGCUCAGCCUGGGACCCACUCCUGUUGUUAUAAGCAGCCAUCCCGAGACCGCGAGACAAAUUUUAUUCGGUUCCUCGUUCUCGGAUCGUCCGAUAAAAGAAUCCGCACGCGCUCUCAUGUUUGAGCGAGCGAUUGGUUUCGCUCCUUCUGGCACCUACUGGCGGCACCUACGUAGGAUCGCGGCGUUUCACAUGUUCUCUCCCAGGAGGAUUCAGGGCUUGGAGAGUCUCCGGCAGCGCGUGGCUGAUGUCAUGGUGAAGAGCGCCUGGAAGGAGAUGGAGGAGAAAGGGGUGGUGGACAUUAGGGGCGUGCUUCAGGAAGGUUCUCUGUGCAAUAUUUUGGAGAGUGUGUUUGGAAGUAAUGAUAAGGGGCAGGAGUUGGGUGAUAUGGUUAAGGAAGGGUAUGAGUUGAUUGCUAAGUUUAACUUGGAAGAUUAUUUUCCUCUCAAGUUUUUGGACUUUCAUGGGGUGAAGAGAAGGUGCCACACGUUGGCGGCUAAGGUUGUUAGUGCGGUGGGGCAAAUUGUGGAGGAGCGAAAACGAGAUGGGAGUUUUGUUGGGAAGAAUGAUUUUCUUAGCACUUUGUUAUCCUUACCCAAAGAAGAAAGGUUGGGUGAUUCAGAUAUGGUGGCUAUUCUGUGGGAAAUGGUCUUUCGAGGAACAGACACAGUUGCAAUACUCCUAGAAUGGGUCAUGGCCAGGAUGGUUUUACACCAAGACGUACAAAAGAAAGCCCGCGAAGAAAUCAACACGUGCAUCGGCCGAAGGAGUCACGUGCGAGACUCGGAUAUUGCGAAUCUGCCUUACCUACAGGCCAUAGUGAAAGAAGUUCUCAGGAUGCACCCACCGGGCCCACUACUAUCAUGGGCCCGCCUAGCAGUCCACGACGUCCACGUGGAUAAAGUCCUUGUGCCAGUUGGCACAACAGCCAUGGUAAACAUGUGGGCAAUAUCGCAUGACCCGUCCAUCUGGGAAGACCCAUGGGCUUUCAAGCCCGAGCGAUUCCUCAAAGAAGACGUUUCCAUCAUGGGAUCCGACUUGAGGCUCGCCCCGUUCGGAGCUGGACGUAGGGUGUGUCCGGGCAGGGCCUUAGGCUUGGCCACUGCCCAUCUCUGGCUCGCGGAACUUCUCCGCCACUUCACUUGGCUCCCGGCGCAACAUGUGGAUCUUUCGGAAUCCCUCAGGCUUUCCAUGGAAAUGAAGACCCCUCUUCGAUGCGUAGUGGUUCGUAGAUAG